AUGGCGGACCUGGACGCGAUCUUGGGGAUCGAAGAGGAGGAGGAGGAGGGGUUGGGGGAGGAGCCCCUUGCCUUGGAUAAUAUUGCUCCGGAGUCUGUUCAAAGGGAGGCGCAAAAAUUGGCAGCACAAGUUGCCGAGGGUGAGGAGCAACAGAAGGAGGUCUUUGACAACAUAAUGAAGGUUGUGGAAUCUGCAGAGCAAACAGCCGAAGCUGAAGAUGACGAGGCAGGGGAGGCAGAAGUCCGACAAACACUGGAGAACCUGAUUCAGUCCAUCGACGGACCGACUCAGUACGUGACGCAAGAGGACAUCAACACAAUAAAGGAGCGCGUGUUUGGGCCCACCGUGUUUUGGGUUACUGAGAUGAUGUAG